UAUAUAUUUGGUUUUUCAAUAUUUCGCCGAUUCUCGUCACACAUGAUUGAUUUCAAUGGCGAUUCUCUUUGUGCGUACAGAAAAAGUUUGCUAAUAAAAGUAGACCAGGAAGUUUACACAGGUAUUUCUGUCUCUACUUUGUUAAUAAACAUUUAAAUCUCCUAAAUGAGAUGACAUUGCAGUCCUAGAGGGAUUUAGUAAACAACGAACAAUACAGCAUGUCAGCUGAGAACUUACUGGAACCGUCCCCUGCAUACUAUAGAAUAGACCAAAAUGACCAGUCAACAUUUACCUACGGGAACCAGAAUAAUCAGUUUCCGGAAGCGCCUCCUUCUUACAAUGAAGCAACAAACCAAAAUGACCAGUUACAGCUUACUUACGAGAACCAGAAUCCUGGAAGUAACCAGCAUCCAUCGCCAAGUGACACCCAAUACCCAGGCAACCAGUAUCAACCACAAUAUAUUGCCCAUGGCCAAGAAAAGACAUCAAUGGUUACACAGCCUGGAGCUAUGGUAAUGGAACGAGCCCCUGUCACCCACAACUGGAUGGGUCCGGCUGUCCUCGCUUGUUUGUGUUGUUUUUGGCCGACGGGGAUAUGUGCCAUCAUUGCAGCUAGCAAUGCUAAUGAAGCAGCAGCGUAUGGAGAUGUAUUAGAAGCAGAAAGACAAUCAAGAAGAGCGCGCUCGUAUGUGACCACUUCGUUCCUAAUAGGAAUAACUUUGAUUGCAAUCGUAGUCGUAUAUCGUGUGGUACAUUAUUAUCCCAUCAUGCAACUUAUUGCGCAGGGGACAUGGUAUCGCUGAUGUGCGUGUGUGUAUGUAUAGGUGUCUUCUUCAGCUUGUAAGCAAGAUUCAAAGAAAAACCCCUGCACGGGUAUUUGUCAAACUUCGUACAUUUAUUUGGCAUGGACAAAGAACAAACACUAAAAAUUUUCAAAUCAACUGGUUUCAAACUGUUUAAAAUAUCGUUGAAAAAACAAACACCAUUUAAACAGAAAAUUCAUGACUGUACGACAAUAACUACCUCCGUUUCACUACUGUGAAACUUAAGUGAAAAUUAGCAGUUCAAAGCUGAUAUUUUUUGGAAGUGGAUCUUGUAAAGGUAAAAAAGAAACCUUUAUGUAGUAACGGAGGGUUAGUAGAAUGCCCAAUGUUGAAAUUUGAAGCGGGCGAGAUAUUAAAUUUUAGUCCGAUUUACAUCGAAUUUAAGGUGGCUCACUACACCUUGAAAUGUUUUCUCAAAAAUGUUUUCUCAAAUCAGCAGAAAAUUACUUGAUUAUGAUAGAUAUCAUAAUUGGUAAAAUGUAUUUAAGUCAAAUAGGCAAAAAAUGUGUUAUUUUGGAUGAAAAACUACAUUUUUUGAAAAUUUAAUUCAGUAAACAUGAACAAAAGCUCGAGGCGGAUUCGAACUCAUGAUUUGCUGUUCAGAAGCCCAGUAAUUUAGCCACUGAGCUACGACGAUAUAAAACCGAAUCAAACGAUAUAAACAGUUUAACAAAAUAUUUAAAUCUGCAUCUUGGGACGUAGUGUCUUAAAAAGUAUAAGUCGGGGUGUAGUAAGGUACAUUAAGGCAAUUUUACCCGUAUUGUUUAGAAUGGAACUAGCCCAAGAUUCAGAAGAGACUCUGACAAAUAUUGCUCAUUUAUGAACGGUAAAUCGUUUCAUAUCAAAAGCUUCAUAUCUAUUAUAUAGAUUGACAUACGACAUGCCAACCCUAAUUUUCCAUCAGAGCAGACCACAGAUCGCUAGAUCUUCAGCUACGUUUCAUUAUGAUAUAUAAAUUGUGCUUUCAUAAAUCAUCUUUGUAUGCUUAAAAAAUUAUGUAUAAUAUUAAAUGAAGUUAUAUAUAUAACCAUUAUUCAUUAAAUAUUAUCUCUUGAACUGGUUGUUUAAUUGAAAAAGUGCACAAUUCUUAUUAAAAUAAACACAUCCUCAAAUUCCUUAAAAUAAUAACUCUUUGUGUUGCAUAGAUGCUUUGAAGGCUGCGUUUUCUUUUAAGAAGGUAUGAUUGUUUACAAAUUAACCAACAUAUCUGACUUACAGUUUUAAACAUGAUAUUGUUUGUCUAUACAUGUACAAUAAUUAGGGCCCCGCAAGGAUUUGCGGGUGCCCUAUAGUAAUCACUCUGUCUGUCCGUCCGUCUGUUUGUCCGUCUGUCACUCUUAUGUCCACAGAUUUUCUGGGUUGUUUCUAAUAACUUGUUUUAUGGUCGCCCAAUCAAGUUCAAAUUUAGUAUGGUGGUCCAGUAGGUUAGAAAUACAUAUUUCGAUGCUAAGUUUGGUUCUCUAUGUCUUCUGGUUUGGAGCUGGGUGGUGGGGUAGAUUCCUUAACUAUGCAUUAGAAUUAAUGGGCAAAGAGAAUUAACUGCUGAGAAUGUUACCAUUGUAUACUUGGAAGGCUGAGCAAUAUUUUUGUCCUUUGGGAUUAAUUAACCUGCCAAAGGAUGAAAUUCCUAAGCUUUAUCUUUAUCUGUCACAUUGAGAUUGAUUACUGAACUGCCUGUGUCUGCAAAUGAACUUUGUUUUGAAGUUAAGGUCAAUUUUGAAUGAUGUGUAAUAUUGUGUACAUUAUUUAAAAUAUGGAUUUAAGAUUUAAUAUUCAUACUUUAUUUUGGUUAAAAUACCGUAAACAAUGAUUUAUGAUACUUUUUAAUGGAAUUCUAAAAUCAAGAUAUAUAUUAAGAUAUCCUUUUUCAAUAUUUUAUUUUUUAAUUAUUUAUUUUAUUAUUUUCUGCCUUAAUGCUGUUAAUUUUAAUAGGUAAUCAGAUAAUAACCCCAUUCUGUCAUUUCUGAAAAAAAAUCUUAUUGUAAAUUUAGAAGAAAAGGAUGAGAGAGCAGAACAAUUAAUCCCCUGGGAUUAAUUAUCUUGCCUGCUGCAGAAAAUUUAGAGGCUUAUCUCUAUCUGUCAUAUGAAGAUUAAUUAACACCUUUCUCUGCAACUGAUGUUUGUUUUGAAGUUUAGGUCAACCCUGGGUGAUACAAUGUAUUUGCAUUCACUGAAGGCUUGCAUUUUAUAAAACACCUGUUUAAAUCUUUUUUAAAUACACAUUUAAUUUAGUUUUUAUCAGACAUGAGGUUAUCCGUGUUUUAUGCAGAUACAAGGUUACUAUUAAGAUGCAAAUCAUAUCCAACUACAAAUCAUGAGAUCCUACAUAUUGCAGUUCCUUACAUCUUAUGCCGGGCAUUUAUUUUUCAUCAUUGUUAAUAUAAGAGGAUGGAAUUCAAAGUUUUUUUUUCACUUCUCUAUAUUAAUUGUCAUAGCGGGGUCCUUCCUGACUGGUCAGUUUUCUAGUUUUAUGGGGGAAAAAAACAACUCGAUCGAUAUUUCACAGUUUUAAUUUCAGUAUUUAACAAUGACCAUAUAACCUCGUUGAACAUUUCUUUAGAAGGUGUUGCAUAAAUACACGAAAACUUACCGUUUUUUAUUAAAUUUUUAUUCCAAUUUAACAGAAAUGUAUACUUUACUAAUCACAAAGCAAAAAUUAAAUCAACAAAGAAAUGCUCUAGUUUUCUUGUUUAAAUUUAUUUUUAGAAAAAAUUUGGCCUAACGGGCACCUGAGUGCCAUUGCCCAUACACAAAAUUUUUCAGGAGUCUCAUAAAUGCAUUUAAUCAAGUUACAUUAUGGAGUAGAGUAUUAUAAUAUUGUAAUGCCACCAACCUACCUACCUGAAAACAUUCAAAAAGGACUUUUAAUCCUAUAGUUUAGCAAAAUAACAGAGUGUAUGACCUACUACAGAAAAGGUACACUAAACUAUUCAGAUUGUUUAUCCCAGGUAUGCUAACAUACAAAUUAGGUUUUAUGUUUAAAUGUUUUCAUAGAUUGACUUGAACAAGGUGGCUAGUAUACUACUUAUUACUUUACUAUUAACAUGUCUACUUGAUUAUUAAAAAAAAAACUGUUUUUGUUUCGAAUGAAAAAAAAUACUUGGCAAUGCAUAACUACUUCUUAAUUACAUUAUUACUAAAUACAAACAAGCCAAGAAAGAUUACUCCAUUAUGAAGAAACAAGGGAAGAUAACUUCAUUAAAUAUUAUAAUCCUCCUCCUUGAACACUUUUCAAAUGCUUUCACAAUAUCUUAUCGAUAACUUUGAUGGACAGCUUCAUUAUUUUUCUUUUCCAAACGUGAAGAUUUUUAAACAUUAUAUACAUUAACACUAUAUGGCCAGACCCCCCCCCCCCCCCCACCAGCUGAACCUCUGACCCAGGGUCCAUGAAUUUCACAAUUUAGGUAGAGGAGUUUGUCGACAUCAGAACCAUGCAUUUAGUUUUUCCCCACAUGUGUGGGAGUAAAGAAGAUUUUCUAAAAAUUGAUACAUUUUCCAUAUAUGGCUAAAAUGGUCUCGCCCUAGGGCCUAAAGCCCUGUCCCAGGGGUCAUGAAUUUCAGUUUAGGUAGAGGAGUUGACAUCAUAACCAUGCACUCAGUUUUGUUCAAAUAUAUACAUGGGAGAAGAAGAUUUAUUACAUUUUCACUAUAUGUCCAAAGUUGUCCCAUUCUAGAGCCUGGACCCCUGACCAAGGGGCCAUUAAUUUUACAAUUUUGGUAGGGGGCUUCAUGGAGAUCAUAACCAUGUAUUCAGAUUUUUCCUCACAUGUGUGGUAGUAGAGAAGAAGAUUUUUGAAUAGUUUGCUUUUUUGCAUAUUUGGCCCCACCCCUGGCACCCCUGAGGGGGGGGGGUGUAGAGCCAUGAAUUUCACAAUCCAGAUUCUUCUUACCAUACAAAUGCUUCAUACCGAAAAUGGUAACAAUUGGCCUUGUAGUUUUUAAGAAGAAACUAAAAAUGCAAAAUAGUUACAAAAUCCACAACGCACGACCAAUUGCAUUAGGGCACCUGAGUGACUAAGGUGACCUAAAAAAAAAAAAGGUAAAAUACAUUUUGAUAUACGCAAAUUAUUUGAGAGUUUGAAUUACAAUUACAUUAUUUACUAGCAAGCCAAUCGGCUCAAGAUCGUAUAUCUACAGUCAUGUAAUACUUUAAAAAAUAUACAAAAUGUGUUCAAAACAAUUUUAAGUAUUACUCUAAAGGACAAAUGUAAAACAUCUAUACAUAAAUAUAUCCUAGUAGAUGUUUUUUUUUCCAUUUUAAGAAUAUAACAUUAAAAGGAUAAGGUCACGAUUUUGGUUAAUAUAUAUAAUUAUGCAAUAUUUUGACAAAAAAUGAUGAGGUUUAACAACUGGUAUUAUUUACAAAAAUAUUUCAAAAUAUAUAUAAAUCCUAGCAAUAAACACUUUCCUAAAAUAUGUACAACUGAUCUACAAAAAACCCACCAACACAACGUCCUGUCUUAAAGGUCACGAUUUAGGUCAAAUUUUAUUUUUCUGUUUUUAUUAUUUGCAAUGCUUUAGGAAUGCAUUUCUAAUGAUCAAAUGAAAUUUAGGUACCAGUCGUUGAGUUUAAAGCAAGAUGCAGGGCUUGCAAUUCUUCGUCAUGUAAACAAGGCUCGUGACCUGUUUUUAUUUACAUAGGUUCAAUAUACCAGUAAAAAAUCUUUUUAAAGCUUGUCUGUCUAAAGUAUCUUGUUAUUCAUUUAAAGCAUAAACAAACAGUUCCUAACGAUUAAUACAUUCAUUUUAGGUCUAAAACUGGAAUUGUUACUUCAACAUUCCAAAUGUAAACAAUCGCUUUGCUUACAUAGCGAAGAAUUGUUAGCACUGUAACUCGCGUAUGACUCAUCAAAUGACACUCAAAUUUUGGUUGCCUGUUAAAAAUGUCUUACUGAAGCAUUGUAAACAUUAUAAUCGAAAAAAAUAAUUUUUGACUAAAUUCGUGACAAUGCCCCUUUAAAAAGUGUAAAAGGAAUUAUUCGUACAGUAGGGGAACCUUAUAUACGCUCGCCGUUUACACCAUUUGAAAAACCGAAUUUUGUUAAAAUAUCAAACUAGCAGACUUGUUGUUCAGGUAAUAUUAAUGAUGUUUUCCUACUACGUUCUGUUAUUUAUGUUUUGUUGAAACGAUGCAUGUAUUUGAAUGCAUGAAUUAAUGAUAAUAAACAAACCCUCAAAUCUUACCUACGACAUUUAAAUUCGUUGUCGCGAUCCCAACCCCCUGCUCUUUGUAACCUUUUGAUACAGUCAUGUAAGUUGUAAAUAUAAUGUUACGUAGAGAAUUUUAAUGACAAGGGAGCACAUGACAAACUUUUGUGGCAUUCGUCAUUGAAAUUCAACGCAGAUCAUCGAUUUUAAUGAAAAAGUUUGAUAAUGUCUUUGCAUGCGGUAAAAUGUGUACAGUUAUUACAGAAACAUCAUUGUGUUUUUGAAAAAAAAUUGAUUUAAUUCGUAUAAAAUGUGAAAAAUAGAAAUUUUAAACUUCCGGUAUACAAUGUUAGUAAACUUAACACACAUAUUCUAAGUUGUGCUUUAAAAUGAAAACAAAACGUAAACAAGCAACUAAAAUUGCCGAUAAUAGAGUUACCGGUC